UUUCCAGGCGCUCCCCUUUUCCUCUGCGUCGUCCUCCUCCUCCUCCACCCUUCCCUCAUCACACCAUUCCACGCCCCUCGGCGUCACCGCGCUCCAUCACCCAGUUCCGGCCCCCGUUUCCCUGUGCAUCCCCGGGCCGUCCUCUCCUCCUUCUCCUCCGCCCGCUACCUACCUCAUCCCUUGUGCUCUGUCACUGACCAAGCCAGCAGCAGCAGCAGUAGCAGCAGCAACAGCAACCGCGUGCAAAGAAAUGAACUUGAGAACUUGACUAUAUACGAGCUUAGGAAUGCCUGUAGGGAAAGGGGCCUUACUGUUGCUACCAGGGCGAGGAGGAAUGAAAUGAUCGAGAUGCUCCGGGGUCAGGUAGGGAGGGAGGGAGGGAGGGAGGGCGGGGACCCCUCCCCCUUCCUCCCUGCCUCCUUCCCCCCCUACCUCGCCUCUGUAUGCAUCGAUGACUCUGGUGGCUUUGCGAGAAGCGGUUCGAAAAUGCGGCCUGAAGCCGGGCGCCAGGUGCAAGGCGGAGCUAGUGGAAUUGCUUACUCAAGCGGAGGUAGGCAGGAAGGGGGGGAAGGAUGGAGGGAGGAAAUAUGGAGAAAAUACGGGAAAACGAGGAAAAUGCUUGGUGUGUGA